AUGGCCUCCCCAGGCCAACAAGCAAACCAGCAACCCCUAACACCACCCGCCGAACCAUCCUCCUCCAACAACGCGCAACAAUCGCAAUCACAACCGCAAUCGCAAUCCCAAUCCCAACCGCCCUCACAACCUACCACCCAACAACAACAACAACCCUCACACCCCACCCAAAUCAAUGCCUCCACAGCCGCCACCCCCGCCAACAACCAACCAACCCCCAUCCCACCCACCUCCCUCAAAGACAGCGGCAAGUCGCGCCGCCCGCGCGACAUCCGCCUCAUUCACAUGCUCCUGUCUUCUCUAGGCGUCACGUCCUACCAGGAGCGCGUCCCGUUGCAGCUCCUCGAUUUCGCGUACCGUUAUACCUCCGGCGUGCUGCAGGAUGCUGUUCAUCUCGCGACGGAGGGCUACGCGGGCGUUACCGAUAGCGUUACGACCUCCUCCAAGGGUGGAGUCGGCCAGACGGCCGAGGUGAACAGUGUGACGCUCCCCGCGCUGCGACUGAGUAUUGCUUCGAGGCUGCACUAUCAGUUUCAGACGGGCCUGCCGAAGGAGUUCCUGAUGGAUGUCGCCGGGGAGAGGAAUAGGGUUGCGUUGCCGGGUGCAAGGAGGGCGUUUGAGGAUGAGAAUGCGGCGCAGGCGAAGGGCGCGCAGGGUGCGAACCAGAGUUUGCUCGUUGGGGGCAUGAGGUUGCCGCCGGAGAGGUUCUGUCUUACGGGGACUGGGUGGGAUAUGAAGGAGGAGUGGGAGAGUGAGGGGGAGGAGGAGUUUUCGCUGCUUGGGGAGGGAGAGGGUGAAGGGAAGGGUGGGGAGGGGGAUGGGGAGGGAGAGGGUGACGAGGAUGAGGAUGAGGAUGGCAAGAUGGAGGAUGUGUUUGGGCCGGGUGGGGAUGAGCGGGGGGACCAAGAUGGCGAUGGCGAUGGCGAUGGGGAUGGAGAUCGCGAUAUGACUGAUGUUUGA